UAGAAAAACCGGAAAAGUGUUUAACCGACUCGAAAAAGUGUUAAAAACCCAAUUCACAUGACACGCCUGCGAUUGCCCCCCCCUUAAAACCCUAAAAAUCAAAAUCGCUCCACCGAGAGAGACGAUGGAUCACAUAGCAGCAGCGGAGGAGCAAAUUGUAACGGAAAGGAUUAAAAGAAAAUUCGAAGAAGUUAACGCAGCUGCUCAGUCGCAACUCUCUCCUAUUCAAGAUCACAUCAAUUUCACCCUUCAGCAAGCAUAUUUCAAAUGUGCGUACGAGUGCUUUGACAGAAGUCGGAAGCAAGAGGAGAUAGCCAACUGUGUUGAGCGCUGCAGUCUUCCAGUUGUCAAUGCUCAACAGCAUUUCGAAGGCGAAAUGGCUCAGUUUCAGGAAAGGAUGAACAGAUCUCUCAUGGUCUGUCAAGACAAAUUUGAGGCUGCAAAGCUCCAUCAGAACAGAGUUGAUGCCGUCAAAGCUAUGGAGGGUUGUGUGAACAGAUCCACUCAGGAUAAUCUCGAUACAUUGCCUCAUAUUGUGCAGAGAAUGAAGACGUCAUUCUCCAUUGCCGACUAAUAAUCCUCUGUUGGGGAAAAGGGGCAUCUUUACUUUUUGUCUCUUGCUAAUCCUAGUUAUGUCUUUUCAUUAUCACUCAAUAGAUAAACACAAUGGGUGGUAGGAGUAGGGUAUGGUUAAAUAUAUCAGACUAAAUGCUAAACAGUUUGUUUUUUACUUUAUAUAUAAACUAGGUUUUGAACCCCA